AUGCCGCCCUCCCAAGAUCAGCGGUACGCCCCCGUCCCGCCAAUACCGACCUACGACGAAGCCAUCGCCGGCGGCAGCAGCUCCCACAACAAUGACGAUGCCGCCUACUACUCCCACCACCAACAACAACCAACCGAAUCCGAACACCAAUCCCUCCUCACCACCUCCUCCCGCCACGCCUUCGAAUCGCCCUCUUCCACCUCCUCCCCAGCGCCCUCCUCAGCACAUGCUCCCCUAACCGGCCGUCGACCGCGCGGCUACCGGGCCCCGACAGUCGAAACCGACGACGAGAGCAGCCUGUUCAGCUCGGACGAUGAUUCCGAUUCCGAUUCCGAUGACGACCGUGAGGCGGAACAGGUGCGUCGCGAGAUGCAGGAACUGGAGAUUGAUGACUCGGAUGUGCGUGGUCGUCAUAAUCGCUCGUUAUGGGGGAAACGGAUUGGGCUGUCGCUGCCGCAGUGGCGGUGGAAGUGGAGGUUGAGGAUGCCGAAUUUGCGGCGGUCCGCUGGGACGGGUGGAAGUGGUAGUGGGAAUGGGAGUACGGGCGGGGGAGGAGGGGCGGACGCGGCUGCUGCGCCAACGUCGGGACAGGAGGAUGGGUCGAGGUCUUGGUUUGGCCUUACGCGUCCGCCGUCAUUACCUGCUAUCAGCAACCCAGCCAUGUUCUUGCUCGUGGGCCGGACCCUGGCUAUCUUUGUGGUACUGGGAUUCCUGUAUCUGCUCAUCUCGAGCGACCUCUUCAGCAACAUGGCCCAACGCAUGGGCAGUCGGCUGUUUGAUCCAGAAAGCGUGCGCGCACAUGUCCAGGGCAGCGUCGAUGCGCGGCAUAUCCGGGACCAUUUGAAGCACUACACCAGCUAUGCGCACAUUGCUGGGACGGAGGGCGACUUUGCGCUGAUGGAGGAUACCGAAAUGUUGUUUGAGAAGUACGGCCUGGAAGGGGUCAGGCGGGAUGUGUUCCACGUGUAUUUGAACUACCCUCUGGCUGGCGGCCGUGCGGUUGAGAUUCUGGGCGAGGGUGGCCAGGCAACGUGGUCGGCGCAGUUGGAAGAGGAGGAAGCCGGGGAACGGACGGCGGGGCAUCAGACGUUUGCUUUUCAUGGGCACUCCAAGUCUGGGGACGUCAAGGGACGACUGGUGUACGCGAAUUAUGGGACGCGGGAAGAUUUUAAGGCGCUCCAGGACAAGGGUAUUAACACGAACGGCGUCAUUGCCCUGGUUAGGCACCAUGGGCCGGUGGAGGAUGUCGCGUUGAAGGUCAAAGCGGCACAGGAUGCUGGGGCUGUGGGCUGUAUCACGUACAGCGAUCCGGUGGAUGACGGGUUCCUGAAGGGCGAGGCCGCGCCCAAGGGCCGGUUCAUGCCCGCUGAUAGCGUGCAGAGGGGCAGCGUGAGCUUGCUGAGCUGGGUCGUUGGAGACGUCCUGACCCCCGGCUGGGGCAGCAAGGAUGACUUGCCGCGGAUGAAGCUGGAGCAGACUAAAGGGAUUGUCAAGAUCCCCAGUAUCCCCCUCCCCUGGCGCGACGCUCAGGGGCUGCUGCAGCACCUCCAGGGGUUCGGCGAACAGGUUCCGAAAGCUUGGGUAGGCGGUGUUCCCGAUGUCGACGAUUGGUGGACAGGCAAUGGCUCGUCCCCGAUUGUGCGCUUGAAAAACGAGCAAGACGAGGUCGUCAAACAGCCCAUCUGGAACGUCCACGGCCAAAUCACGGGCAUCGAACAGGGCGAGAAGAGGGUCAUCAUCGGCAACCACCGCGACUCGUUCGCCUUUGGCGCUGUCGAUCCCCACUCCGGCACAGCCAUCAUGCUCGAGAUCAUCCGCAUCUUCGGCGAUCUCGUUGCCCGCGGCUGGCGACCCUUGCGCACCAUCGAAUUCGCCUCCUGGGACGCCGCCGAGUACAACCUGAUCGGCUCAACCGAAUUCGUCGAGCAAAACGACGACGCCCUCCGCGAGGACGCCCUCGCUUACAUCAACCUCGACAAGGCCGUCGCCGGCGGCGACAACUCCCUCCACGCGGCCGGAUCCCCCGUCUUCCACAGGCUCCUACUCCAAAUCCUCAACCGCGUCGCCGACCCACACUACAACGCCACGCUGCGCGACCGCUGGGACCACCGCCAGGGCGAGAUCGAAGGGCUCGGCCGCGCCGACUCCGAUUACGUCGCCUUCCAAUCUAUCGCCGGCACCUCCUCGCUCGAUCUGCGAUUCGAAAACGACGGUGCCAGCGAUGCGGACCGUCUUCCGCUGCACCGCUCCAGCUACGAAAACUUUGAGUGGAUGGACAACGUCGGCGACCCGGGGUUUAUCUACCACUCCCUGCUCGCGCAGGUUGUGGGUCUCCUCGUUCUCGAACUUGCCGACCGCCCGGUCAUGCCCUUUGACUUGCCUGCGUAUUCAGACGGGCUGAAACGCUGGGUCAAGACGUUGGAGAAGUGGGCUUCUUCUGAAAGUCUGCUUGAGUCUGCGAAAAAGGCGGCUGGCAGUAUCUCGUUUGAUGGGCUACGUCAGGCGGCAAAUAAAGAUGUCCCCGAUGCUAUAACCCGGUUUAUCAAAUGGGAAGCGAGCUGGGAAAGCACCGUGAUGGCAUCAAGCGGGUGGGAGCCCGCGGGGCUAGGCCGGCAAAGAGGGGAGUACAACGCGCGCAUGGCGGCCUUUGAGUCGGAUUUGUUGGAUCUGGCCGGGAUCCAGGGCCGCACCCAAUUCAAACAUGUCGCCUUCGGCCCGCAAGCCUGGUCCCGCGAUUCGGAGGCGUACUUCCCCGGUAUCCGGGACGCCAUCUUGUCGGGGAAUGCUACGUUGGCGCAAGAAACGGUGGAUAAAGUCACUGAGGUGUUGACGCACGCGAGUUCGAAUCUUAUAGCGCAGUAA